AUGUCCUUAGACGCUCAAACCAUUUACUAUUGCGAUUCGAAUAUUGAAAAGUAUGAAUAUUGUAAACGGAGUGAGACACCAAAUGACGUUAUUGAUCCAGUGGAUCUUUCUUCUCUCACUGAAAGUUGUUCCAAGAAUCCAAACAAGUUAGUCUUUGCAAGAAGUUAUGUUGACAUCACGUCCGUUAACACUGACACUUUUUUAACCCUCUUGUAUUGUUAUGGAAAUGAGAAUUCCACUUCGAAUCAGACUCCUUUUCGCUAUUAUCUAGCGUAUGAUUUGACGGUGACCAGUGCUUCUAAAUUUUUAACGGAAUCCACUCGAACAGUGACAGGUUCGAAAAGCUUUUUCAAUUUGUUGUGCAUUGGAAAAAUCCAACAUGGCCAAGAGUUGCCCUUUCAUGACAUUUAA